AUGUUUCAAAUGCAGCCUUCAUCCGAGACAAGUAACCUGGUACAACCAGAACAGAAUACAUUCCCUGUUGCGGAUCUAACGGCUGAAGGACCCCGUAAUCGUCCGCGGGUGAGCCACGCCUGUCAACGGUGUCGCGUAAAGAAGGCCAAAUGCGAUCAGCAACAGCCGUGUCUGAAUUGCGUCAAGCACGCUGCUGACUGCGAAUACGGCAUCAAAAGGCGCAGUCGUCAGAAAAAGAAGCAAGAUUAUAGAAGCGCCAAUGAAACGCCAAGUACUCCCAUGUCUCCAGGAUUUGCUACUGGGAGUCAGACUGCACCACAUGAAGGCGAGUUGCAGGAGCCUCCUCGUGAUACAGCACUAUCUGAUUUUGCACCUCAGGCCUUAUCCACAAAUACUUUAGAUGUAGUAGGCGAUAUCAACCAGCGCACUCAGGGUACUGAAUUCUACGGCACAUCAUCUAAUUUUGUGCUCCUCAACCAGCUCUUUUCAUUCGCCCGACAAAAUGGUCUCUCCGGCUACGUGCGCUCUGAUGUUCAUGAAUCGACCACACAUCUUUUCCCUACCAGCAACCAUGGCCACAACGAGUCACAUGCUCCCAGUGAAAAUCACCUGUCGGUUAACAACAUACGAAAUGGUCAGCCCGACCUGAGAUCCCUGUCCCAAGAUCGAGUUUCUAUCAUCAAUAUCCUGUCAAAUGAAGAGGUGCCCUCCCCACCGUCAAGACCAAAGACGCCUCCACACGUCGCAAGUGACCGACAGGCCGAGUCAAGUAACACGGCGCCAAAUUACAGCUGUACGACGAAUAGACGUUUGGGCUCAACGUUGUGCGAGGGCCUGCCGGCCGUGCCUCAAAGUACCCGACCUGCGCAUACCGUUGAUGCGAUUAGUUCUCCAUGCCACAUUACAGUUCACAACGUCCAGGAUCACAUGUCGUCAUCUACCCAGGCUUUGAAAAGACGUCUAGAAAAGUUCUACAUCAAUGUUUUCUUCCAGAACUUACACUAUAUUCAUCCCAUGCUUGAUCCAGUUCAGUUUGAAGAACGAUGCGGGAGAGAAAUGUGGGCCCGGCACACUACCACUGAAAGAAGCAAAAGAUACAGACACUUCGCUGCGCUAUACAACAUUGUUGUGGCAGUGGGCGCCCUUAUCGCUGAUAGAAACGUUCUCGAGGAUCUGGGGCAGGACAUGCAGACAUAUAUAGCGGGAUUGGCAGAGCCUGAACGACGGAUUUCUUCCCAGACAAUCUCCCGCAUGUAUUUCCGACAGUCCAAGAAUAAGCUGGGGGAUACAUAUGCAGUGUGUUCCUUGGAAAGUGCGCAAACACUCCUUUUAAUGUCACUCUACUGUCAGAACUCCCACAUGCCGCACACAUGCUACAUGUACUGCGGUCAGGCUGUUCGUACCGCUCUCGCGAUUGGCCUUGCAAACGAAUCCAUGUCUAGGUCGACAAAGGACCGAAAAGCUGCGCGGCGUACUUGGUGGUGCAUAUAUUCCCAUGAGAUCGAUAUGAGCUGCAGCUCAGGGAGAAGAGACAGCCUAAGAAAACCGCACAGUUAUCAAACCCCGCUGCCUCUCAUCAGGAACCAGAUUGACGGUGAUCCUGAUACCUCAGAGGCUGAGCCCAAAAGCAUUGCUAUGAUAAAUGAGAUGGUACGCUAUGCCGCUAUCCUUCGUCGCAUAUCCAAAGAGCUAUAUCAUGACGCCAAGGGCCUCACAUUAUCGGAGAAGUCAGUAAUUGCAAAGGAGCUUGAUGCCCUUCUUAGCGAUUGGAAAGCCAAUCUGCCUGAGUGGCUUGACUUUGGCAAACUCUCUUUCCGAGAGGAAGAGUGGGCAGGAAAAGUGAAAGUUGUUUUACAAUUGAGGUACCUGAAUGCGAGGAUACUCGUUCAUCGAAUAUUCUUGAUUCCGUCUAUCAACUAUAACGCAUUGGAGAUGUCCGAUCAUGUUGGACUCUGUCUGAGCGCCGCAAGAGAGACGAUCCAGCUUCUUCAUGAGGCGUACACGCAUCGUCACUACUUUCGCACGUGGUGGUACAAUUCAACGUAUACUCUGUACGCUGGCAUGAUUGUUCUAUAUGUCAUCAUGCUCCGAGCCACUGCUUUGCGAAGCGAGGACCUCUUGGAGGAUGUGAUCAAAGCUCAGAAUAUUCUACAGUCGAUGCAGGAAGCUACAGUGGCUCUUCGGAGUGCGGAAUUACUACGAGAAGGGCUGGAUAUUGCUCGGUCGAUGAUCCAGCGCGAUGCAGCUAUUUCUGUUCCACUUCCUCGUGUCCAUACAGACCGGGUCGACGAUGAAGCUCAAGGUCGGGGCAACUUCAAUGACUUUGGGCAGAACUUUAAUUAUUGUUUCCCUGAGACAACCUUCGCUGCAAAUGGGCAUGUCACAGACCCUGAAACACUAUUCGCGUCCCUUAUAGACCCCUGUUUGCUACAGGAUUUCACAACAGGGUUGAACGAUUCGACAGAUAUAGGUACCUCUUCAUUCCUAUUCAAUGAUCUCGACAACGAUAGAUCAGGUGUUUAUCCGACACUCCAGCCCAGUGCCUAA